AUGUCGAGUUACAUGUCAAAGCGGAAUGUCUUCACAACGAUAACGCCCCUCCCCGCCUCCCUUCACCGGAAAACAGUCAUCGACUUUUUCCACGACCAUCAGGCUAUGAUAGAUCUCAACCCGUUGGUUAUCGAACGACACCCCAUAAAGGCCCCUGAAAAUGCAUCUGCCGAUGAAGCCGCGUGCAUCUGGUAUUCGUUGACAGAUAAAGUUCAUUAUCUCCCUGGCGGUAUCGCUAGUGGUAAUGUUUCUUAUACGGCCUGUUUCAAUGAUCUACCAAAUGGAGUCCAGACUCAUUGUAGAGCGCCUGCUGGGGUGGAUAUUCGCAGUAUGUGGAGUUUGAGGGGCUCCUUACCAGGCGAACCGAAAGAGCCACUAGAACUCGGAAUCACGGUGCCCAAAGAAGGACUCUACAUCCGUGAAGACGUCGAUCUAAAAUGCAACUUCAUCCUCUCCUCCUUCGUCAAAAAGACCCUAAAAAAGGCACACUCGGUUCUUGUUGACAGACUCAUGGCCAAAGCGGAACGCAAAGAAAUGGACGAGGCUAUUGCAGAGCAGUUCCCGAUGGGUAAUAAACCUAUAACGCCGGGGCAGAUCCCCACCCCAGUAGACCCGAUGGGAAUGCCGACUCACCCCGCUUAUAUGGCUCACCCGAACAACCCGCAAUAUCCUUACGAAACAUCGUCGCCAACAGUAGCACACGGAAACUAUCCGCCAUCUAUAUCGAGCUCAGAUCCAAGAAUGUCCGAUCCCCGCAUGAGCGUUUAUUCCCAAGAUCCUCGAAUGUCCUACCAAUCCCAACAGUCAUGGUCAAGCUAUGGCGCUCAACCCGGUGGGCAACUUGCUCCGCCGGGAUAUCAGCAACCGUAUGGCUAUGCUUACCCUCCUGUCCCAAACAACGCGGCGAUGCACUCGCAAAUGGGGUUUGAAUACGAACAGGCCAUGAAGAGGGCACAGGCACCAGUUGCUUGGAACCCACAGACUGGCUGGUAUCAACCCACAACUCAAGCGGUUGAGAUUGCCAGCUCGGACAUGAUGAUGCCAACAGACGAGAAGAAGAAAGUGGAAGUUAAAGAUGACAAGAAAGAAGAGGGUAACAAAGACAAGAAACCGGCAGAGCAGCAGAAAAAGAAAGAGGCAGAAAGCGACAAGCUGUUAGAGGCUUACCCGCAACCAGUGAGGGCAAAUACAUAUGAAAUGAUGUAA